AUGACUAUUAUAAUGGGAUUCGAAGGCAGUGCCAAUAAACUUGGUAUUGGCAUUGUAAAGGAUGACGGAACAAUCCUUUCAAACAUUAGACAUACAUAUAUCACUCCGCCGGGCGAGGGAUUCCUUCCAAAGGACACAGCAAAGCAUCAUCGCUCAUUCAUACUGGCAUUGGUACAACGCUCACUCAAGGAAUCACAAUUGACACCUAAUGAUAUAGACUGCUUGGCAUAUACAAAGGGUCCAGGCAUGGGCCCACCCCUGCGCUCAGUGGCAGUCGUCGUUCGAAUGCUCUCACAGCUCUGGGGCAAGCCUAUCGUCGCAGUCAAUCACUGCAUUGCACAUAUCGAGAUGGGUCGACUGAUCACUGGCGCCAAGGACCCUACGGUGCUCUACGUCAGUGGUGGCAACACACAAGUCAUCUCAUACUCACUCAAGAAGUAUCGCAUCUUUGGAGAGACCAUCGACAUUGCUGUGGGCAACUGUUUAGACAGGUUCGCCCGUGUCAUCUCCAUUCCAAAUGAUCCAUCACCUGGCUACAACAUUGAACAACUCGCAAAGAAAGGAAAAGAGUUCAUCGAACUACCUUACGUAACAAAGGGCAUGGAUGUGUCCUUCUCUGGUAUAUUGUCAGCGGUGGAGGGCAUUGCGAACAAUGGAUUCAAGCAUGGAGACAAUGGAAAGGUGUAUACAAUGGAGGAUCUAUGCUACUCAUUGCAGGAGACAGUGUUCUCAAUGCUUGUCGAGACGGCGGAGCGUGCCAUGGCUCACUGUGGCCAGACCGAGGUGCUGGCCGUCGGCGGAGUCGGUUGCAAUGAGCGACUGCAACGUAUGAUCACCGAGAUGGUCGAGCAGCGCAAUGGCAAGUCAUUCGCCAUCGAUGAGCGCUACUGCAUUGACAACGGCGCGAUGAUUGCCUGGGCCGGCUAUCUCAUCUUCAAGAAUGGAACGACCACACCAAUGUCCGACACAUGGUGCACGCAACGCUUCCGAACAGACGAGGUUGAUGUCACUUGGCGUGAU